AUGGACUCUAAAACUCCCCGAUCAUGGCUGAUCACAGGCGCCUCAUCCGGCCUGGGUGCGGCCCUGGCACUGGAGGCUCUGGCCUCAGGCGCGAGAGUGACGGGGGCCACUCGAAACAUAGACAGGGCCAGACAAGCAGUCCCCGAGUUUGAGGUACGGGGCGGCAAGUGGCUGAGGCUUGAUGUGACGGGCCAAGACUGCGAGACGACUGUCCGGAGUGCGGUCGAGGAGAACCAAGUCGAUGUUCUGGUCAACUGCGCCGGCUAUGCGCUUCUCGGAGCCCUGGAGGAUAUCAGCGACCACGAGAUAUCGGCCCAGCUCGACGCAAACUUCACUGGCCCGAUCCGCUGCAUCCGCGGCGCCCUCCCGGCCUUUCGUGCCCGGGCAGUGAAGACCGACGUAGCUGCUGGCCACGAUCCAGAGGUCACAGCGCGUCCGCAUCCCUCACCUGUGAUUGUCAACUUCAGCAGCGGCGCGGCUCUGAUCGGCGUGCCAGGCCGCUCGCUCUACUGCGCCUCCAAGUUUGCCCUCGAAGGCAUGACGGAGGCCCUGGCCAAGGAAGUUGAGCCGUGGGGGAUCCGAGUGUUUCUGGUCGUACCUGGGGCUUUCAAGACGCCGUUCUCGGAUACAUGUGUGGUGGCGGAGCGCGGCGGCGAGGCGGUCUCGAAUGCGUAUCGUGGUACGCCGGCGGACAGGAUUGUCCGAAUGACAAAGAACAUGGCUGCCGAGGGCCUGCUCAAGGGCGACCCGGACAAGGCUGCGCAACGAGUGGUUGAGGCGGUGGAGGGGACUGGGAUGGCAGCAGGCGUGGACGAGUUGGCGCUGUUCAGGCUGGUGCUCGGUUCCGAUUGCCUGCGGGCUGUGAGGAUCAAGAUGGAUGCGCUCCAGGCGAACUACUCGGCGGUCGAGGCCAUUGCGCAGAGCACUGAUCUGAAGUGA